AUGGCUUCAUCGCUUGGUCCAUCCAGCCGCGAGAGCUGCAAGUCGGAGUCACUUGGUUCACCUUGUUCCCCAAUCUCCUCGACUACGCAAUCAGCAAAUGGAAAAUACUACAAUCCUGUCGUGAUGGAUAUUAUCCGUGAAGACUGGAUCCAACAGCAGCUGCAGUUGCGUCAGUCCUUGUAUACUGAGCUCCGUUCUACACGCAUUGUUAUUGGUACGUGGAAUGUCAAUGCCAAGAAGCCAUUGAAUUCUACUGAAGCCUACAAGAUCGUUCAGUGGCUGCAGCCACCGAGUGAAAUUCGACAAGAACCACCGGAUGUUGUAGCUUUAGGUUUUCAAGAGAUUGUAGAUUUAAAUGCUGUCAAUGUCGUGGUCAAUAGCGCACUUACAGUGCAGCGUAGUACAGCAUGGGAAGAAGUUGUGUUGACAGCUUUAAAUCGAUAUAUUGGAGUCUCUGAUGGGACUGAAAGACCAGUACAGUACCGAGUUGUACUUGAGAAACAUCUUGUUGGGAUUUUAUUACUAGUGUUUGUAAGAACUGACCAUUGGGAUCAUGUAAAGGAGAUUAAAGGAGCGACUGCUGGUGUGGGGAUCAUGGGCAUGAUGGGGAACAAAGGUGGCGCAGCAGUGAGGCUCAAAUUCUAUAGUAGUACCCUAUGCUUUGUGUGUGCUCAUCUAGCGGCACAUCGAGAAAAUGUUGCUGGAAGGAAUGCAGAUUAUCUGAAUAUUUUAAGUAAAAUUCAGUUUGAAGAAUCUUUCGAUGAAAAUGUGACACCACCAGUACAAGAUCUAAGUGGUAGGUUUUGGAAUGGAGAACCGUCAAUAUUAAACCAUGAUUUUGUCUUUUGGAUCGGAGAUUUAAACUAUCGUAUCCAAGAUACAUUGACGACCGAAGAGAUUUUUCGACUUGCAGAAAGUGGAGGAUCAUAUCAUGAACUCAUGCAGCAUGAUCAACUUCUGAAAGAGCGACGUGCUGGUAGAGUAUUGAAAGGAUUUGAAGAAGGACCUCUUUUGUUUCCACCUACGUACAAGUUUCAAGCUGGUACCUCGGAGUACGAAAAGCGACCAGAAAAAAAGUUGCGCGCACCAGCUUGGUGUGAUCGUGUACUUUGGAAAGCGAAGAAUCCAGCUGAUGUGAAAUUGUGUAGCUAUUCAUCUGUACUAACUUUAAAUUUAUCCGAUCACAAACCAGUGCAUGCACUGUUUGAUAUUCAAGUGAACGAUCAAGUUGAUGCCAAGAAGAAUGAUGUCAUUCGUGAUAUCAUGUUACAAUUAGAUAAAUGGGAGAAUGAAAACAUGCCCAAGGUUCGAUUGCUGCAAGAAGGCGGUAGUGUCACAAGCAGUGGUGUCUUUACGUUUGCACAAUUAAAAUAUGGCGUCGAACAAAAGAAAAUUGUGACGAUUGAGAACACCGGACUUGUCGUCGCACACUUUCGUUUUAUUCCAAAGCUAGAAGAUGUUAAAAUAUGUAAAUCGUGGCUUAGUGUGACUCCGAUGUUUGGCAUGAUCCCUCCUCGUGAAAAGAUGGAGAUCUGUAUCACUGCUUUGGUAGAAAAGACUAUCGCACAUGGUCUUACAAGUGGUGAAGAAUCACUAGACGAUACGAUGAUCUUGCGUGUUGAAAACGGUCGCGACUACUUUCUUGUCGUCUCUGGUCAAUACGCGAAUUCGUGUUUUGGAAGCUCACUCGAGCAACUUGUUGCAUGUUCUGAACCUGUACGACAAGCCAAAUUUACAGCUGCACGCACACCUGCAGCAUCCGUGUUUAGUGUUUGGGUAGGUGGACCUACGGGAGUGGACGCAAACUCACUGGUUGCAUCUCAAACGUCAAGUGGAUCGUGCAGCCUCGCGUCUCCAAGCGGUGCGCAAAAAGUGCCCAAGGAACUAUGGCGUAUGGUUAACGAUCUUUACGAGAAUUUUAUGCAGGAAAAGAAUUUGUUUGUCGAAGCAGGUAGUAAAGUAGAGAUUUUUCAGCUUCGAGAAGCGCUAGAUACAGGAGCUCCAUUUCCACAUCAUAGUGGCUAUUCGACGGCAGAGCUGCUCGUUCGAUGGCUUCAAACUUUACGCCAGAGCGUCGUGCCUGAUGAAGCAUUGGCAUUUGCAGUCGCGAAUACGAACGGCAAUCUGGCUCAAGGUUGUCGAGUGUUACUUGAUGGCUUGACACCCGUGCGCUACAAUGUCGUCAUCUAUCUGGUCUCGUUUUUACGAGAAGUGAUUAAACAUAGUGCUCAGAAUAAAUUGUCACCGGAAAAAUUGGCAUUUGUAUUUGGUCGAUGCCUUGUAUCUCCGAGUAGCGUGAGUGGUGGAAAAGAUAUGAUGCACUCACAGGUGUUGGCACUGAAUGAGUACCAAGGACCAAACUCACACACAUCGACAGCUUCAACAGUUUCUAGUGCAGGCUCGAAUCAGUCAAAUCUUGUCGUUUCUUCAAAGAAUGGACUACCAGAAGACCGACUACGUCGAGAUGCUUAUGAAGAUGAAGUCGCAGAGGCAAACGCAACCCAGCGAGCGGAAAAGAUGGAGAACUUGCUACUUCAUUUAUUGUCCGUGCCAAUGCCGUGA